GCUAAGUCAGUUUUGUCGACCAUCUGCCACUGAUCAAUUUGAAACAGUGACGCGGGCUUUUCCGGUGACAAAUAGUAUAAUUUGCGCGAGCGUCGUUAGUGCAGUGAACGCAAGUGUAAAGAUGCAAUAGUUUUUUCUUUGAGGAAUUGAAAGUGACGAAAAUGUCAUGGAAUUAGGCAUAAUUCGCGAGUGCAUCCGGGCGACUGUUACAGCCGAAUCAGGAAGAUCUUUCGUUUCUCAAUGUGAAAGUGACGUGAUAUCACGCGUCGCUUUUACUUUACGCAUUCGAAAAUAGAUUUGGACACGCAUUAUAUAACGCAAAACAAAUAAUAUUGUAUUUGCACAUCGCACUAUAACGAGUGUGUUAAAAUAAAUGAUUAGAAAGACACACACUAUUGCAGUCUUAAUCAUCUUUUCCAUUUUACUUUUCCUCAUGCCACAGAACUUUUACAUGUAACUUUCAAGACUUCGAUAAACUGAACUUACGUAACAAGUGACUUUUAUCAUGUAAUUUAAAAUAUAUAAAUCGCGAUAGUUAAAAAUAUAAUUUUUGAAAUUAAAGAUAUUAGAGCGAUGAUUGUUCAGAGAGUUAAAAAAAGGAAAAGACGAGAAGGAGGAAACAGAAAAAGACGAAGAGGUGAUUAACGAAAAGAAAAUCCAAUAUCUCUCUUUUUGGAAUAAUGGAGAGUACAUUCCUGCAACGCUAUGGCUUGCUCAAGUAGAAAAGUAUCUUCUAGUCGCUAACGUUCUGGUUUGGAAGGGAAAAGGUAAGAUGUGGAAAGUCGUGGAAGGGGCUCCUUUCUCCAGAAGAUGUGCGAACAAAUUCCUGCAACAAAUCAGAAUACAGUCAGUGCGGUUGAAACUUUCGCAGUAUAUGCAUCUCACACGCAGAACCAUGCUAUAAAUAUCAUCUUGAUUAGUUUUGUUCGUCAGUGUUGUUAUUUCUUUCGAAUCAAAUUGCUUGCCUUUAUAGGUGGACAAUCGUUAUUUAUUUAUAAGUGUUCUGAUGUGAAUAUAAAAUAACCAAAAUGAUUAAUGAUUUUUCGGAUGAUAUUGCCCUGACAGAUAAAGUGGAGAAACGACUACGAAUUAUUCUCAACGAAGGUUCUAAAAGUAUAGUGGACUUCAACAAUAUGAAACCAGAAAUACCGUCCUUUUAUGACGAGAAGAAAUUUCGGUUGGGACAGCAAGCCUUUAAUAAUAAUAUAUUUUCCAUGAUGAUUGCAAAACUUUGCGGCCUUGUGUCCCUUCUAGCGAUUUCAACCAUAUUGGAUGUAGUUAUGUUUACCAAAAAAAGCGGUACUCCUUGUUUGGCGUAUCGCAGAUAUGCAGAGACGGUACUUCAUACAUGUCUAUGGCAUAAAAAGGAUCCCAACGGCAAACCAAAUGAAUUUUUAGAAUCUCUAAAAAUCGUACGUCGAAAACACUGUGUUGCGUUUAAAAGAAGCACUGAAGCUGGAGUUCAUAAGCCAACGCAAUUGGACAUGGCACUCGCCCAAUUUGGAUUUAUCGGAUACAUUAUGGUGUGCGAGAAAUAUGUAGGAAUAAGUGCCACUCGUGAAGAAAUGGAAGGUGUAGUGCAUCUCUGGAGGGUUAUUGGUAGUAUGCUUGGAAUAGACGACAAAUUCAAUAUCUGCGCGGGUACUGUUGAAGAAACUCGCGCUCUUUGCCAAAGAAUACUAGAAGAAGUUUUCGUUCCUUGCUUAGCAAAUAGAAAUAAGAACAAGCAUUUCGAUCAGAUGGGUAAUGUGAUGCUGCAGAGUCUCUGGCCUAUCAACUUUUUUAUUGAACCACUAGCGUUCAUUACCUUCACACUUCAUUUGGUUUCUUCGGCUGCGCGCAACAAUAAUUAUUCCUUCGAAAUAGAUAUGUCAUCUAUGCCGUUUUACAGCUGGUACCGGUUGAACACAUAUCACUUCGUGUUGAAAUAUUUAGUACGACCUGAUGCUUGGUGGUCUCCAUUCUUUCGUGCGAUUUUUAAUAGUUUAAUGCGUUUAGGAAUUUAUAGUAUCAACAAUUUUUCCAUUUUAGCGUACUGGAAAUUCGGGAAGGAGUACACAAAAGUCAAUAUAUUUAAUUAUCAUUUUGAUUGAGAAUUUAAUCGAAGAACAUAAGAUAUAUCAGAUUAAGAUAUUUCAAUAAAAGAGAAAUCUAAAGAUACAACACAAGGUCUAAAAUUGUGACGUCUUUAAAUUAUCUUUUAGACAUAAAAAACGUCUUAUUA